AUGUCGAACCUACACUUAACUUGCGACCUUCGUGUCAUGGAAAUUUCAUACUUCAAUAUCAUUUUGGGCAUGGACUGGUUGUCUGCCCACCGAGUGGUGAUCAACUACCGUCAGAGGAAAGUAGUAGCUCACACGCCUGAUGGAACACGUUUCCAGUUUAAAGGGGAUAGACAAGACUCCAUGACUUCAAUGAAACGUAAGACACAGUGGCAUGAUCAACUUGCGGGUAGGAUAACAAGUUUGAUUUUAAACAAGGAGGGCCAAGAAAAAUUAGAACUUCCACGCAUAGUACAUGAAUAUGUAGAUGUAUUUCCUACGGAAUUACUGGGAUUGCCACCAACCCGGGAAAUAGACUUUAGUAUUGAGCUACAACGUGGAACUACCCCAAUAUCCAUGGCCCCAUAUCGCAUGACACCAACAGAACUACGGGAAUUAAAGACACAACUACAGGAGUUGCUCGAAAAAAGGAUUCAUUAG